AUGUCGCCCGAACACAUCAGAUCAAAUAUUCAUCGCUUUCGCGUCCGACAGACAUCCCCAUCCUCGCCAGCCCUGCGCCGCUCGGCUUCUCCCCCCGCCGUACGCCCUGCACUGCCGCCCCAGACGCCGUCCUCAGCAGUCCACCCGGGACCUCCGGAUGCCGUCCCCGAUGUCUCAUCGUCAGCAGUAGCAGGAGCAGCCAUCGCGGCGUCAGUCUCGGGCUCGGCCCCGGCGCUGCCGUCAGGACCAAUCUCACCGGCGCUGACAGGUCAAAGUCCUACCGCAGUUGCUGCCGGCGCCAAUAUCUCCACCUCCGUGGCAGCUUCAGUAGCACCAGCAGUAGGCGCUGCACCGUCAUCCAUCUCGGCAUCGUCGCCAAAGGUCGCCCGCGAUAUCCCCGCCUGUGACCGCUGCCGCAGCUUCAAGAAGAAGUGCAGCCGCACCUUUCCCAUCUGCACCCUCUGCGCCAACGCGGGACACAAGUGCUCCUUCUCUACGCCAGCGGCCUCCACCGCCGCCCAGACGCAUCAUCUGCGCGCCCGGAUAGAAUGGCUCUCGCGCUUCAUCAACGAGAACCUGCCCGUCGCCGGCGCCCCUGGCGUAGAGACCCUUGAUACGGGCACGGAUAUCGCCUCUGUCUUGGGAUCCUCACCGGCUGCUACUACGACUACAGCCGUCGGCCAGCCGAUGGAGAUUCUUCCGGCCACGCCGGCGGCGAACGGAGCCACGCCUGGGUCUAUUAUCAGUGCAGAGAGUAAUCGCGCGGAACCGCGGGAUACAUUCGCCGUGCAUCAGCAGCCGCUUGGUACGUCGGGAUCGGUCCUCUUUGAUCAGAGGAGUCUCGCGGUGAACAUAGACUCGGAAUCAUCGUCGUCAAGGGGCCAUGAUCAUAUGCGAGCUCUUCUGCAGCCGGCUCCCGAGCCCGGAAGGAUCCUUGGUAUUGAGAGUCUUCGCGAUGGAGAGGGCUUCACGUCCUCGAGCCUGCCUCGCGACGCUAUUGCUCGGAGGUUCGUUGACGCCUACUUCCGGAACGUCAACCGGGCGUACCCAUUUGUCAAUAGGACAAAGGUCCUGCGAGACCUCGAGUCAUUGGGUGAAUCAUCUAAGCGUCGUAGAGAUGCCGAUUCUACGCUACUCUAUCUCAUCAUGGCGAUUGGGUGCACCACCCUGCAGCGCGCCGGCCAAAUACCCAACGACACAGCUUCCAAGUUCGAUGUAGCCUACGCCGACAUCAUCCAGGAAUGUCUUGUCAGAGAGGACCUCGAGUCAAUCCAGAUUCUUGUCCUGGUGGCACUGUAUUCACUCUUCGACCCAAAGGGCAUCUCAACGUGGUCUAUAGCAGGCAUCGUCUCCCGCCAAGCCAUGCUCCUCGGAUUGAGCAGAAGAUCCUCCGAGGACAAGAAUUUAUCGGCUAUGGAUAUUGAACUACGUCACCGUCUCUUCUGGAGCAUCUACGUCCUGGACCGAAUGAUGGCCAUCUCCCUAGGCCUUCCCGUAGCCCUCAUCGACGAAAACGUCGACGUCCCGCUACCAGGCCUCACAAUUGAAGAGUUCGCCUCCCCAGACCGUCAACACUUUGCCUCCAUCCUUCAGACAAAUCGCCACGUCAUCCAGCUCAGGCAGCUUGAAGACCGCAUUCUCAAACAGAUCCACACUCGCAAACAACCCGAGGUCGCCGCACUCUCGCAAGCAGACAGGCGCGCCAUAGUACAGAACAUCCGCUCCGAGAUUGAGAACUGGUAUAGUAACGGGUGCCUCGUCUCUCCCCUGGAACCAGACAACGUCCCCAUCCACAACUCCGUUACCUGGCUCAGUGCGCGGUACUACCACCUUCUUCUCCUCCUCCACUACCCCUGCCACUUCAACUCGUGCGGCACCAUCGUGUCCGCCGUCGAGCUGCUGCGCUUCGCCCAGAAACACCUCCAGUCGACCUCGGUUCUCCUCCAGCAGCGCCAAUUACCCUUGAACCGCGUCACGCUGUGCCGCCUCUUCCCCGUCGGUCUAGUCUUGAUCCACAGCUUCAUCGCCUGCGCUGCAGAAUGUACAUCCUUCUCCGCGCGCGACGAGGUCGCCGUCAUCGUCAGCAUCCUUGAGGCUUUUCCCGAGGGCUGGAACCAGGCGCGCCAAGCCGCCCAGGUCUUUCGUCAGUUCAUGGGUCUCAUUUCCGGCGUGCCCAAUAAUGGCUACACGACGCUGCACUUUCCCGGUAACAACAACGUGUACGGCCAUGGCGGCGGCCAGUUCUCAUCUAAGGAGUCGUACCAGGCAAUGGUGCGGCCGCUCAUCACGCGGCUCGUCGCGCUGAUGCAGGAGGUCCUCGGCCGGUCGACCUGUUAUGCCUUUCACGAGUUCCCGGACGAUUGUGGUGGGCAGGCUUCGGCGCCGGCGGGGUUCAGGGGCCAGACUGCGUUCUCGCCCACGGGCCCUACACGGCACUCGGCGGCGGUGGGGAACGAUGAAUCGGCCAUGGACUAUGGUUGGGGGUCGUUGGAAUUGGGGUUUCUCUGA